AUGAUUCCUACACCAGACCUUUCGCACCUCAAGAACGAGGAUUAUAAGCAUGUAUAUGAGCCAGCUGAGGAUACCUUCAUCCUUCUCGACGCGUUGGAAGAGGACGCGAAGGUGCUACAAAAUAUAAAGCCCCUUGUUUGUCUUGAAAUUGGCUCAGGCUCCGGCUGCGUUAGUGCUUUCGCAGGCAGAAUUAUCGGUUCAUCUGCAUCACUAUACCUCACCACGGAUAUCAACCCGCACGCGUGCAAAAGUACCAAAGCUACUGGGAAACAGAAUGGAGUCUCUAUCGACCCAUUAUUGGCAUCCUUGACAGGAUCCCUUCGUGCUCGCCUACGACAUGCCGUCGAUAUCUUGCUAUUCAAUCCGCCGUAUGUCCCAACUGACACGGACGAAGCGGAUGAAGCUCAAGAAGCAGCGAAUAUCGCUGGAGCUUGGGCGGGCGGGCACGAUGGCAUGGCGGUGACGGAUAUCCUGCUGGAGCAGGUGGAGAGCCUCCUGUCCCCUCGAGGGCGAUUUUACUUAGUCGCCGUGAAGCAAAACGAUAUCCAGAGCAUAUGCAGCCGAAUGCUUAGCCAGCAUGGCCUCAAAGGCGAGAUAGCGCUACAGCGUCGAGCGGGACGAGAACAUCUAUAUGUCUUGCGGUUCACUCGACAAGACUCCGAGACGUGA